UGGAGCUCUACGAGUUCUUCUGCUCUCUUGGUAAACCGAGAGCACUGUGGAAUCCGAGUAGAUAGCACAAGAGAGUGAAAACAUUAUUAUUAUUUAUUUUUUUCAACCUUUAAUAAACUUUUUAGGUUAUGAAUUUCUCCCCGACCAAGAUGGCUACCAUUUUCAACCUAUAGAAACAUAACUUUGCAUAGUUAUAUGACAUAGCCGACCCGUAUGGUGCAAGUAUUUUAGCAGGAUCGGCUUCAUUUCCAAAUAAACACUUCACCUGGAAUUUACAUUUAUAUCGACCAGCUGAGAGAAAGAAAAGAUAAAAAGGUGAUCACAUUUGACUGACUUCUGGAUCGGGUCGCCCGUCACAGGAGGUCCAGGAUGAAUAAGCUACGGCAGAGUUUCAGACGGAAGAAAGACGUGUACGUUCCUGAGUCCAGCCGACCGCACCAGUGGCAGACGGACGAGGAGUCGGUCCGCAGUGGAAAGUGUAGCUUUGCAGUCAAGUACCUGGGCCAUGUAGAGGUGGAGGAGUCCAGAGGAAUGCAUAUCUGUGAGGGGGCUGUGAAGCGUCUCAAGACGGACAGGACAUUCUUCAAGGGCUUCUUUACAAAAGCAGGGAAGAAGGCAGUGAAAGCAGUGUUGUGGGUCUCAGCAGACGGUCUCCGUGUGGUAGAUGACAAAACUAAGGACCUGAUCCUAGACCAGACAAUAGAGAAGGUAUCGUUCUGCGCUCCGGACAGGAACUUUGAGAGAGCGUUCUCCUACAUCUGUAGAGAUGGAACGACGAGACGUUGGAUCUGCCACUGCUUCAUGGCUAUCAAGGACUCGGGAGAGCGUCUGAGCCACUCGGUGGGCUGUGCCUUCGCUGCCUGUCUGGAGAGGAAACAGAAGAGAGAGAAGGAGUGUGGUGUCACAGCAACCUUCGACUCCAACAGAACCACCUUCACCAGGGAGGGCUCCUUCCGAGUUACCACGGCGAUGAACAACACAGGAGCUGAAGAGGUCAUGAGGCAGUUGCAGGACAAGACAGCGGAGGGCGAUGUCAGGCCCCCCAUCCCUCUCUCCUCAGGCCCCAGUGUGGGUGUGGUGAACCAGGCUGUGGCCCCUCUACCAGGGCCACCGUCCCCCUCCUCCUCCCCUCCCCUGGGCAUGGAGAGCACCCUGGGCCCCCAGGUUAUCCCCCGCAGACACGCCCCGGUGGAGGUCCUGGCCAGACAGGGUUCCUUCAGAGGGUUCCCUGCCCUCAACAACAACUCCUCUCCCUUCAAACGGCAGCUGUCCCUCAGGAUGAACGAUCUGCCCCCUACCAUGCAGUCUGACCUCACCAUGAGCAACACAGUCCCAGAGGUGGAGGGAGAGGGCUACAGCAUCAGCUCGUGGUGUCUGUGUACCCUGUAUGUAUCACAGAUCGCCUCAGCCUUCAGUGGGCCUCCUGAAGACCCCUUCUCCCAGGCCCUGUAUGCCCCACCAACCUCCACCCCACAGUCACCUCCAGCACUGCCCCCUCCACUUCCUGCCCGAGACACUAACCCCUGGGCCAAGACUCCUGGCCAUGCAGGGCACCAUACCCCCCCGACCUCCACCUCAGCACACCCAGGAGGUGAUUGGACGACACCAACAGGCUCGUCUCCGACUCACCACUCCCACCGUCGCACGCCGUCGGAGGCUGACCGUUGGCUCGAGGAGGUCACCAAGUCUGUCCGCGGACUCCGACAACACAGGGUCCACAGCCCCCAGAACCAGACAGGCCUUCCCUCCUCCGCUGCCCUUCCCACUAACCAGGCCUUCCCACCAAGCUUCCGCGCUACCCCGGGUCCAACCAGGCCUUCCCCCAACCCACCAGCCUUCCCAUCCCCCAACCAGGCUUUCAUUGUCCCCAUGCCUUCCACCCAGGCCUUCCCUGCUGCCCUACCCCCUAACCAGGCCUUCCCUGCUGCCCUACCCCCUAACCAGGCCUUCCCUGCUGCCCUACCCCCUAACCAGGCCUUCCCUGCUACACUACCCCCUAACCAGGCCUUCCCUGCUACCCUACCUCCUAACCAGGCCUUCCCUGCAACACUAGCCCCUAACCAGCCCUUCUCCACCCCCCCAACUCAGGCAGUUGCCCCUGUGGCCUUCAUGUCCUCCCUGCCCCCUGCGAUUCCCAUGCUGGCCCCUCGCCAACCUGCCUACCACACCCAGGCCCCAGCCUCCUACCCCAUGUCCAACGGGCUGCCCUAUGCCCAUCCCAGUGUGCCUGUGAUGGGCAUCACACCCUCUCAGAUGGUGGCCAAUGUGUUUGGUUCAGCCACUCAGCCCCAGGCGUACCCCACCCCCCAGCCCCAGGCGUACCCCACCCCCCAGCCCCAGGCGUACCACACCCCCCAGCCCCAGGCAUACCCCACCCCCCAGUAUGACCCUGAUCAGCACACUGUGUGUAUCCCCUUCAGCAACCCCCACCAGCAGCCCCUUCCCUUCCAGGCACCCAAUGGGAGUGUAGCCUUCAACGGGGGUGGGGCCGACAGCUGGGCCCCUCCCUCCCUGCCCCCUCCGUCCUCCCCGGCCCCUCCCCUUCCCCCGCAACCCCUGGCGACGGCCGAUCCCUUCGAGGCCAAGUGGGCCGCCCUGGAGACCCAAUCCCGCCAGCGCACCACGCCGUCGCCCACUAACCCCUUCUCCUCCGAGCUGCACAAGACCUUUGAGAUCCAACUCUAGAGACUGAGAAGCUGGGAGGAGGAGGAGGAGGAGGUGGACUGGGACUGAGGAGGAGGUGGUGAUUAUGGGGGAGAGGAUACUUUUUUAAUGAAUUUGCAGGUUGGUGAGAGAUGGGAGAGGAGCAGACUAGCCUUUCUCUCAGUCUCUACAUCUGCCUGGAUUGGCUUAGUGGAGGACCUGAGUGGAGGAGAUGGAUGGGUGGGUGGAGCUAUCAGCAGGGAUGAAGGAUGGAAACAGUAGGACGGGAAGAGCAGAUGGAGGUGCUGCUGCUGCUUACCAGACAUUUAAUUUGUAUUGUGGGUUUAGUUGUGUUGUUGCUUUGGAUGACGUGGAAGUGGACCCUGUGGAGUGGUGGAUCUGAGAACACACAGCCCCGACCCCAACCCCGACCCCAACCCCGACCCCAACCCGAGCCCA